AUGUCGGAAAACAUUAUAACGUCAGAUGGGCUACUAAGUGCCCCUGGCACAAGCAAUGCCUUUGAGAAUGAGGAUAAGAUGGAAGUCUCAUACUACAUCGCUAAUGAGGAUGAUCUGCUCGGCAAGUCCGAUGACCAUGAACAAAUCCCUCUGUAUCAAGUGCCUAGAAAACCUAAACAGUUUAAACAGCAACGCCAAAGUUACCAAGGCACCCUCAAAGGAGUACCAGCGAACCAAGGACAGAACAGUACCGAAAAGGUCGCCGCCACAGCCCAUCCACAGAGAAUCGUAAACGGAGCCAUAGCCUAUCCGCGGAGAACAAGAUUAGCCAAGCCGAAGGUGCGAUCAAAGCUUUAAAAAGGCACACAGACAGGGGAACUAGCCCAGAAACCCUACAAUAUAGGGCGAGGGCCAAAAUAACAGCGGACGAGGACUUCAAGAGAGAGAUAAAACAAAUCCGUAAGAACGCGGAGCAAGAAACAUUGAAUGCGAUUAUACGAUUCCAUCAACGAGAAAUCGGCCGUUUUGAGGCCGAAUCCAAGAAAGGAAAGCGAGCCGCACUGGCUAUAGCGCUGAACACUAAGAACUGUAGUAGAUCGAACCAGCGCGUGCAGCGCAAGCUGAUAACAAUGUAUCGAUCAAAACAGUAA